AUGUGGCGGCGGAAAGUUUGGCUGCAAACGAGCAGUGUUCUUGAAGCCAGCCGCGCUCCCGGAAUGCUGCCCACUAUGGCUCUGGAGGUAGCCCCGAGUGCGCAAGCUCAGGGAAGAAAAGGGGAGGGUGGAAGCCGGGACAGUCUUUUGACAGCGGUUCUGGGGCGGGGACAUCGGAAAGAUCCCCAAUCGAGUCCCGCCACCGCAGUGACAGCAAUAGCAAUUUUUAGUGUGUAUAUGGUGAACAAAGCUGGCGGCCUGAUUUAACAGCACGACAGCUACGCGCCGCGGGCUGAGGCUGAGAAAACUUUCAGUUACCCGUUGUAUCUGCUGCUCAAGCUACACGACCAGCGUGUGCUGGUUGCCUUUGGCCAGCGCGAUGGCAUCCGGGUGGGCCAUGCAGUGCUGGCUAUCAGUGGUGUAGACGUGAACGGCAAGCACGUGCCUGAUGGAAAAGAGGUGCUGGAGUAUCUGAGUAACCCUGCUAAUUACCCUGUGUCCAUUCGCUUUGGCCGGCCUCGCCUCACCUCCAAUGAGAGGCUCAUGCUGGCCUCCAUGUUCCACUCGCUCUUUGCCAUUGGCUCUCAGCUGUCCCCUGAACAGGGCAGCUCAGGCAUUGAGAUUCUGGAGACAGACACAUUCAAACUGCACUGCUUCCAGACGCUGACAGGGAUCAAGUUUGUGGUGUUGGCAGAUCCCAGGCAAGCUGGGAUCGAUUCUCUUCUCCGAAAAAUUGGCCCUAACACCUCCUACUUUUGCAGCUGGUGGUUGGUUUAUCUUCACCUGUUUGGAGAAUGGGAUGAGAUACCUUGUCCCUUGUUUUUGUUGCUUUUGUUAUGGUUUUCACUAACCUAG